GAGCUUGCUCUGCCUUUGCAUUUGGGUGACGUAAGUGGCAACUUUUUUCUGAGUUAUUAGGGAAAAAUAUUGUGGCUUGAACAGGAAUAGGAAGAAAAAUAAAAAGCUUCCUGUUUUAGCCCUGGCUUCCACUGGUACUAAGCAAGCUAUCCAAACCAUUCUUUGCAAUGGAAAUCUGUCUUCCUGGGAGGAAUCUUAUUAGACAUUGUACCAAACAUGAGAAUCACAGGAUAACCUUGUUCUACAAUAUUUCCAUCUUCUUUUACAGACUUUCCUAGUACUUGCCAUAUUUUGCAUGUCAUUUACUGCCUUCGUAGUAUCUGUGCCUUUAGAUCAAGUAUUUCAACAUAUCGAGGAAUAUCAAAAUGAAUAUGUAGAGAGACUUAAAGACUGGGUGGCUAUAGAAAGUGACUCUAGUGACCCUCUAAAGAGACCACUGGUGAUAAACAUGAUGCAUUUAGCAGCAGAGACCAUAAGGACAUUAGGUGGAAUGGUGGAAAUGGUGGAUCUGGGCAUGCAAGAGCUACCCAAUGGACAUAAAAUCUCUUUAGCACCAGUUAUUCUUGCGAGCAUUGGAAAUGACCCCAAAAAAUCUACUGUUUGUUUCUAUGGGCAUUUGGAUGUGCAGCCUGCAAAAAUUGAGGAUGGAUGGUUAACCGACCCAUAUAUAUUAACAGAAAAAAACAGCAGUCUCUAUGGCCGAGGUACAUCUGAUGACAAAGGACAAGUUCUGGCUGUACUAAAUGCAAUUGAAGCACUUCAGGUACAUGAUGUGACAUUUCCCUUCUCUCUUCGAUAA